GAGUCGGUGUCACCCAAUCAUUAGGUGGGGGAGAUCUUACCAGGUAACCAGGACACCUACGGAGCCAUGAGCAUCAUGAAGUCCCUUCUCUUUGCUUUACCACUGCUGGUGCUCCUCCUGACGCCAGCUGUGGACAUGGCGACGGUGUCAUCCACAGCUUGCUGCCCCGACAACUUCACAACGCUGGAAGGACGGUGCAUUUUCAUCGCUACCGAUUACUUCUUUGCCCCGAGCAUGGUACCUGGUAAGAACUGGACCAGGGCACGUGAACUCUGCACUUCGAUGUUCGGAGAGGGUGACCUCUGGAAAGCCGACCUGCCCAUCAUUGACGUUCCAUUUCUGGCGGCGUUUUCUUCUCACAUUGUUCAAAACUUGCCAGGGAUGAAAGGAUAUAUUUACUGGGUCGGUUCAGAGAAGGUUAAUGGCCAGUGGAAGUGGAUUGACGGGACGCCCAUCAGCAACACGUCUUACCUGUGGCACAUCUCUCAUCCAGCAUCCGCCUUAUCUGACGGGGUCAACGGCAUGCUAGUUCCCUCGGGGGCAUUCAAUCGCUUCUACAUGUAUGAGUACGAGUCGCCCUCGUGGGGGCCGUCUUACCUCUGCGAGGCCAAGAGGAGGUAAACAGCAGAGAGGAGUCUAUCCUAAUUCAACUACAAGCUAUGAUAGAUUCCUCACUACUGUUUGUUUUAAACUAAUUCAGCUCCAUCUAUCUAUCAUAGAUUGUAGUUGAAUUAGUUUUAAACAAACAGUAGAGAAGAGUCUAUCAUAGUUUGGAGUUGCAUUAGUUUUAAACAAACAGUGGAGAGGAGUCUAUCAUAGAUUGUAGUUGAAUUAGUUUUAAACAAACAGUGGAGAAGUCUAUCAUAGAUUGUAGUUGAAUUAGUUUUAAACAAACAGUGGAGAAGUCUAUCAUAGAUUGUAGUUGAAUUAGUUUUAAACAAACAGUGGAGAGGAGUCUAUCAUAGAUUGUAGUUGAAUUAGUUUUAAACGAACAGUAGAGAAGAGUCUAUCAUAGUUUGGAGUUGCAUUAGUUUUAAACAAACAGUAGAGAAGAGUCUAUCAUAGUUUGGAGUUGCAUUAGUUUUAAACAAUCAGUGGAGAGGAGUCUAUCAUAGAUUGUAGUUGAAUUAGUUUUAAACAAACAGUGGAGAAGUCUAUCAUAGUUUGGAGUUUAAUUAGUUUUAAACAAACAGUGGAGAAGUCUAUCAUAGUUUGGAGUUGAAUUAGUUUUAAACAAACAGUAGAGAAGAGUCUAUCAUAGUUUGGAGUUGCAUUAGCUUUAAACAAACAGUGGAGAGGAGUCUAUCAUAGAUUGUAGUUGAAUUAGUUUUAAACAAACAGUGGAGAAGUCUAUCAUAGUUUGGAGUUGAAUUAGUUUUAAACAAACAGUAGAGAAGAGUCUAUCAUAGUUUGGAGUUGAAUUAGUUUAAAAUAAACAGUAGUGAGGAGUCUAUCAUAGUUUGGAGUUCAAUUAGUUUAUAGACAGAUUUUUUUUAUAUGGAUAACUGUUGGUGGUAUUUAAAUAAAAUAAAUAAAAUAAAUCAAAUAAAUCAAAUAUCCAUUGUUUUUUUUAUCACUCUGUAAGACAAAUUUUGAUUUGAUGAUUCUUUAUGGAGUGUUUUCUUUGUAAAACAAAUUAUUAACAAAUUGUUGCAAAUGCAUGAUUUUAUUUAAAACUGCUAAAAACUAAAAACAAUAUUCAGUAUACCAGAUUUUAUCAGUAGUCCAUUAAAAGACUACAUAUGCUGACGAACAUAAUGUGUAUUUGCAUAAAAGAGACAUACAGUAUUCUGAAAAACUAACCUGUAGAUAUUGUAUGAAUGAAAUAAAUUCUGUCCAAAUGCUGAA